UAUUUACUUGAUCAUGGUGCAUGGCGCCCGAUAAGCAAAACAUCACAAAUCAAGGAUAAAAACAUCAUAAUAUUAUAUCGAAGAAGGAACAACUGGUUGGUUUUUCUAGAUUUUGGUGGGCGACAACUCUGGUUACCAGACGUGAACUCAUGGAGAAAAUGUUCAAGUUUGUUCUGCUCAUCUGCCUUGGUUUUCUACCCACUCCCAUGCAUAGCACUGGUUCCCUUGAAAUGAGUAUUUUAGGCUUUGAGAAAGAAUGCAACAGCGACGCCAUUUGCAAGAUUACUGGCUAUGUGUUUGGGACCUUUGAAGACAAAGCUGAACGCCCAGAGAGUGCGUGCACCCACGUCACUUUGUUUCAAUGUGAAUCAAGUGCGGACUGUAGCCAAUCGUCAUCCUGGCAAGAGAAGUGCCAACUGUUCGCGUACCCAUGCCAGAUGAGCACCUGUGGGAACGGCUCACGUACAGAGCCGAAGUGCUACUGCUCCACCGGUCACCAUAUCAAGAUCUGGUUCCCUGCCGUACCUACCCUAAACUUUCGCCUCACUGCCAAAAUCAUGGAUAAUGGUCAAGAGAUCGGGCAAGUGGUUAGCAACGUCUUUGAGGCUCACGAUCCUGAUGAUCCUGAACAUUCUCAAAGACAAAAACUCGAUGGAUCGAAUCAGUUGCGUUUUGAUUUGGAACUGGUUGUUGCUAGUGUACUAGUCGCCUCCUACCUGACCAAGCGAAUCUGUACUUAAAUGAUCUGCAGUGGAGAAGAUUCUCUAGCCGUCGAUUGAUUGGGGGAAACAUUGCCAUCGAUCGUUUGAUAAUUCCAUGAAUCAGGAGCAUCAAAUGUUUUAAAGGUUCACCUUGGAACUCAGUGUUUAAUGUAAAUAGAAAUAAAUAAUUGCAUUUGUUACCUAAAAGGGGCUAUGCCUUAGUGUUAUGCUCAGUUGACGUCUUUCUGUUGGGAACUAGCCAUAACACAAUUAAACACAGAGUCCAACGUUCAUUGAUCACAAUAAAAUAUAAUCUUUUCAAGUACAACCGAGAAACACAGAUAACCUUCAACUACAAAACACUCCUCCUUCUUAAGACAAACUCAGGUUACCCUCUGCUGACCAUAUCACACACUGCUUACACACGUCUUUCUCUCGCUGGCACACCACUUACAAAGGGGAGGCCACUCUCACACACACUUUAUAUAAACAAAUACAUCACACUUAGCUUGCAAGUUAUUCUUUACUUAACUAGAAAAAAGUAGAUAUUAUUUAAGCGCGAGAAAAGUUCGUUAGUUUUGUGUGAUCCACCUUCAUUGUUAGAUUCGUUUCACUUCGCUAGUCCUUUCUUUCAUCAAAAAUAAUCUAAACGUCUUGGUGUAAACAAAAUUAAUCUUAACGUCUUGUUUCUAAAACAAAAUUGAUCUAAACAUCUUGGUCUAAACAAAAUUAAUCUAAACGUCUUGGUUUAAACAAAAUUAGCCUAAAAGUUUUGUUUUUCUUAUAACUGCGAACUAAAAUCUUAGCGAUUAUUAGGUAGGCCUAUGAUUGAUUUUACUUUGAGUUUAAGUGCUCCAAUAAAGCGUCUUGAUUUGUUUAUGAACGUGUCAUUUAUUCCAAUACAAAAUUAAGGCAUCGUACCAUAUGUAUUUUCCUUUUUCCUGUGUAUACACCUUGUUGUUCUUAAGGAAAUUCCAUCAUGCACCUGUGUAUACACCUGGUUGUUCUUAAGUAAAUUCCAUCAUGCACCUGUGUAUACACCUUGUUGUUCUUAAGUAAAUUCCAUGAUGCAUCUGUGUAUACACCUGGUUGUUCUUAAGUAAAUUUCACCACGCACCUGUGUAUACACCUUGUUGUUCUUAAGUAAAUUUCACCACGCACCUGUGUAUACACCUUGUUGUUCUUAAGUAAAUUCCAUCAUGCACCAGUGUAUACACCUUGUUUGUUCUUAAGUAAAUUCCAUCAUGCAUCUGAUUGUUUCUAAAAUAUCGGCCUUCCAAUGGCGGAGGUCUUGAGAUAAUUUUAGCAUCACUGUGUCUUACGAUCAUGUAAUUUUAGCCAAUAAAAUGAAUGGUGUCUGC